UGUGCUGCAGCCGAGUGAGAGCCAGCGGGUCACGUUCCCCUUCUUUGCCAUGCAGACAUUGUCGCCCACGUCAUGGCACUGUGCAGGGUGGAGGGAGGCCCAACCUACGAGAUUGCGCUGAGCGGGGAUGCUUCGCUUAUCAACUGCCUCCUGGACAUCACAGAGAUUGACUGUGGGCUGCAGGGUUACCUUGGACCUGGCAAGGAGCAAGUGCUGAAGGUCUGCUGCCUGCCAGGAGUGCGUGGAGUCUUCUGCAGACUUUCCAGGUCCAAGUGUGUCACCUGAAGCCAGAAGAGAUCUCCCUGAAAGGAGACGGGAACUUUCCCAGGUUCUCCUUGGACCUCCUCAGGAAUAUCAAAGGAAAUGAAAAAUAUGAGAAGAUCCUCAAGGAGGCAAAAGAGAAGAUGGAACAAGACAACCAGAGAGACCAAGCAGUUGUUCUAGGGGAGGCUGUGGCUCUUGGAACCACUAACAGACAGCUCAAACACCAUGUUGGAGCCUUGGCUACAGAUGCAGCUGGAGGAGGUGCUGCUUGAGGAACACGCCCUGGAGCAGCAGAGAGCUCUGGCCUCCAAUGCCCCAGAGGAGAGUGCCUUUGACCAGCAUGCUCACUGGAGGCUUCUUGAGCUCUGGUUUAAGGACUCCUUACUCCUCCUUUCGGAGCUGAGUUGCCCGAGUACAUCUUGGACUUUGGCUACGUCGUUCUCGGAGGCAUCCACACGCCCGUUGUGACGGUCACCAACACUGGGCAGUUCCCUGUGUCCUUCCACACCGGUGGAAGGGUCCUGCGUGGCACAGGGUUUCAGUGUGGAGCCAAACUGCAUAGAGGACUUGCCCUGCUGCAAGACUGAGACAUUUGAAGUACGCUUCGACCGAGGAAGUGCCAACCUGCCUCUGGGAAAGGUGGACAUGCUCCUCCCCAUCAAGGUGGACAAACACGUGCGAGAGAGUGUGUGUUGGAAGCUGCUCCAGGAGCUGAAGAGCAAGCCCCAUGUUUUCACCGCGCUGCCCUCAGCUGGAGCCCUCUCACCAGGACAGCGAUGCGACGUGCGAGUCAGAUUUUCACCCACAGAAGAGAAAUCCUACAAAAGCAGUCUGAGGACUAACAUUUCCCAGAGCAGCCAGCAUCUCCAGCUGCUGGUCUCAGGGCAUGGGCUGGAGCCACAGCUGGAGUUCUGCCCCACAGUGCUUGAGCUGGGACCGUUGCUGCUGGACAGCCAUGGGGCGGAGGGGACGGUGCUGGUGAAGAACCCGUGCGAGCUCCUCGUUGAGUUUUUCUCACUGGAGUUUGACGAGGAGUACCUUGCCGAGGAGCAGAUCCUGCGGAUGCUGGAGGACUACAAUUCCCAAAGCACCUCAUUGCUACCUCCACGUGCCCCGGGUGAGAAGCUGCCCCUAGAGGUGCUGGAUUACUAUGAGGACCAGAAGAGGCUGCAGGAUGAGCAGGGAAAGUCCAGGACUGGGGAACCAGCAGGCCAGGCCAACGGAAACUUUGAAGGCACCCAGUUUCUGUCAGAUGAAGGAAGAAAGCCCUCUGCUGGGAUUGUUCACAGCAUUUCAUCAUUUUUGGUGGAAACCAGUCCAACAAGGUGGACUGUAAACCUGAAUGUGGAGAAAAGGAGGAGAAAGGUGUUGAGAAAAGACACAGGAGGGGCAAUAACCCUAAGCUUUUCACUUCUUUUAUGUCCAUUGUGGCAAAAGGGCCUUGGUGAAGGACUUCAGUGUCACCUCCAUCACUUCACUGCAGCCCGGAGUCGCUUUCAUUCCUACAGGCCCUGAAUCCACUCUUCUCUAUGUCAUUUUUGGGCACUGGAACAGGCUGCCCGGGGAGGUGGUUGGGUCCCCAUCCCUGGAGGUCUUUAAAAGAUGGGUAGACGAGGUGCUCAGGGACAUGGUUUAGUGGCAGAUGGGAAUGGUUGGACUUGAUGAUGCAAGAGGUCUUUUCCAACGUGGUGAUUCUGUUAUUCUAUGGUUUGUGGAAUCCUGAGAAGAGUCUGGGGCAGGGACAAAUGAGAAGCUGGGGAGGUUUUCCCCAGCUUUGCCAAAGGAGCACUUUUUUAACCCAGGAGCUGGUGGGAUUGGGGUGAUGCUGUUCCCUUUCCUAGACAGUGCCCUCUGUGGCACUGCAAACUGGGAUGACUUCUGUGGACGCCUUAAGGGCAGAGCUUGGAGCUCUUUGAAAAUGGUGUUCUGGUGAGUUCAGAGCCCACGCACCUCUAUAUUCCUAAAGCACCGAGCCUUUGGAUAAUCGCUUGGUCCCCAAAUGUAGCCUCUCCCUUGGGACUGUGUGAAAUGCCCAGUCCCGCCUAUCCGGCCCCUUACCCAACAGGACUUGGGACAAAACUCUCAUGAGGACCAUGUUGAUGGUGGAAGGAGGUUUGGCCCAGUCCUUUUAGGUAUUGCCAAAUGCUUGUUCUUUCCUCCUGUCACCCAUCUACUCUGACCAGGCACCUUCACCAGUAUCUAGGGCAGACCCCAAUCUGCACAAGCCUGAAGUAAGGGCACGGUGAGAACUUGGGUGUGAUGUUGGUUUCAUCGGGGUCUCCUCUUGCAGGGUCUGAGGGGAUGGGGACGAUGAUCAGGAUCGCAGGUAGGCAGGACGCUGACUUUUCUACUCGGUUCUACACAGCAGAGCAUUGGGCACGUACUCUGCUGAGACAUGAAGCUGCCCCAGGCCUUCACCUAGCUGGUGCAGGUGGCACAGCUCAUGCAUGUAGGCUCCCAUUCCCCAGAACAGGAUGGCCAUGUCCCUGUUGUCUUGUGGGACCACACUGCCUAUGGUCCCAGGGAGGUGGUUGAGUCACCAUCCCUGGACGUAUU